AUGUGGUUCAAGAUAAGUCGUCGCAAACUGGGUGAAAUGGGUCUCCAAGCCUUCACUCCGCGUGGGUGGGGGAAACCAAAGAAAGGCAUGAGACGCUUCCACUGGCCUAGUCUGCGCCGCUCCUCUUUCCGUCGAAAGCCCUCUCUCCGCCGUACCUCUCCUCCACAGGUCUGCAGCGGUGUGCCUCCGCAAGUGUCUGGUCCCGCCGUUGCGGAUUCUGACUUCCCACCGCCAAGGCGUAUUCGCUGUGGCACUACCGUCAUUCCGAUAAUGCGCGCGUCGGCACCCCAUUUCCCUCCUCCUCCCACCGCAAUUAAACGCCGUCCUACUACGACGUCCUCGAUAUCGUCGCAAGAGCACAGGUUUCUGAAGGUGCGACGGUUGAGUCGUCUCGAGCACUUUAAUCCAAUCUACGACGACGUCUAUAACGACUCUACCGAGGAAUUGGGGGACGAGGCGAUUUACGAGGAGAUCAUGCCGUCACGAAAGCAUCCACUUGCCGCACCUUCCUACCUUGACCUCAUGCAGGUCUCGGCGGUGGUCACCGACUCACCAUCAAAACACCCUAGGCCGGUUUCGCCUACUCCCUCGCAAGGCGUCUAUGUCCUCCAUGGCGGGGAUUGGGUGUCAAUCGCAUCAGGCGUCUAUGAUGAUGUCGCUUCGUCUGGCAACGAAUCGGAGGUAGAAUUCGAAGUU